CUUGAGACAGCCUACAGCCUAUACGGGAUGAGGAUCUAGCUGCGACCUGGCUGCAGCUCGCCAGCCGCGCCGUGCACGCGACCACCGCUGGUGGGUGAUGUCACUGCCCCCAAAGCGGGAGCGCGAGACGCGGAGAGUCACUGGCCGGUGACGUCACCGUGUCACUUGGCCCUCAUAUACGCAGCGCUGCCAUCGAUUCGACUCUUGCACACGCAUUCUUCUCUUCACGUCCACUUUCUCUCAGUUCACGACCACCCAACAAUCUCUCGACAUCAUGGUCCGACCCUUGACGAAGGUUGUCUUCCAGCCCGAACGCGAGUCGUCCAACGAGUAUGUCAUCGUGGUCAACCCCGAAGAGGUACGUUGCUUUGCGGUCAAGCAAAGUGCAAGUAGUGACGGGAUGUUGUGCUUUGCAGUACCACAAGUGGAAAGAAGGAGGUACUACGAUUCCGCUCGUGGACGUGGUAGAUUCCUUCCAGGUCCUCUGGUCGAACCAAGGGAACCAGGGCAUCCUCUCCACGCCGUCACGACAGCAGCUCGAGAACGACUUUGGCACGCACGUAGACACGGACGUUGUCAAGCAGAUCCUCGAGAAGGGCAAGGAGCAGACUGGGAAGGCCGUUGCGUCGGGCAUGGUGGCGACGAACCAGUCGAAGGGCUCGUUCGCGGUCGACACGAAGGGCAAGUCGCUAAGCGGCGUGCAGUCUGGAGGCGGACGUGUAAAGAUACGCAGGCAGGACAAGCAAUCCUCCGGGAGUCUCUCGCACGUCCUUUCAUUAUCCUCCGCGACACCCCCGCUGACCCCCGACGCCAUGCCCGACACCGUCGUCCUCGGUGGCGGCAUCAUCGGCCUUUCUACAGCCUACUAUCUAGCCCAGCUCUCCCGUGAGAGCGGAACCGAACACACUAUCCACAUCGUAGAACCAUGUCCGCAGCUUUUUUCCUCCGCGUCGGGCAAGGCAGGCGGCUUCCUCGCCAAGGACUGGUUUAACCCUACUAUGGCGCCUCUUGGCGACCUCUCAUUCCGGCUACACAGGGAGCUCGCGGAGAAGCACAACGGGCGGGCGAGAUGGGGCUAUUCACCGAGCAUCUCGUACUCUCUUGACCGGAAUGGGAGUGUCAAAGGGGAUUCGGACGUCGAAUCUGAGCGAGACUUAGACUCAGAGCCACCCUUGACCCCCAGGUCCGAACACCGCUCGGUCGAAGGCGAGCAGGAGGUGCGCGAAGAAGCGGGAAGCAAUGGCUAUACGGCGGGGCAGACCAAUACCACCGAGGCUGUCCCGCGACACCACAGGAAGAAGAGUGCUGCGGGGGAAGACUGGAUGGAGAGCGGCGAGAGUCGCCUGGCUGCCGCUGAACAGCGGAUUGCGGAGGCUGUGGCAGCUUCAACCGCCGCCGCGGAGGCAGAGGAAGAGCGGCCUGUCGGCGCGGGCGCGGAAGAACAGGCAGCGGCCGAACUUGCGCAAGCAAAUGCGGACGCGGAGAUGGCGGCACUGGCAAAGGAGGACGCAGCGGCUGCCGACCUUGCUAAGCUUGAUGAACCGUUCUGGCUGCGCACGAAGCCGCAUACAGUGCAGGCCAUUUCCGACAAGACUACGACUGCCCAAUGCAAUCCACACCAGCUGUGCGAAUUCCUGCUCGACUCGUGCCUCGCCAUGGGCGUCCGCCUCCACCACCCCGCGCAAGCGACGCGUCUCUUCCACUCCGAUGCCAAAGACCCGUCCUCCCAGACCAUGCUUGAAAUCACCUGCAUCUCCAGGACCAGCGUGGGGCGCACGAUCCGCACGGGCUGCUACAACGUCGCGUGCGACAGCCUCGUCAUCGCCGCGGGGUGCUGGACGCCCGACGCGUUCAGCGCAUUUUUCCCCAACGCGCCCCGCCGACCGCCAAUCGACCGACACGCAGGGUUCAGCCUGCGCGUACAUUCGCGGCACUGGAAACCCGCGCCCCCCUCAGCUGCGGAGCCGUACCCGGGGCCGUGCCACGCGAUUUUCACGUCGGACCCGAGCGGGUUCAGCCCGGAGCUGUUCACGCGCGUGGGGAGCGAGCUCUGGAUCGGCGGGCUGAACGACGCGGAGCUCGCGCUGCCCGCGGACCCGAUGGACGCGCAGCCGGACCCCGAGGCGGUAGAGCGCAUGCUUGCGGUCGGGCGCGAGCUCUGCGGGGAGGACAUCGAGGUGAUCGACUCGGGCGUGUGCUUCCGGCCGGUGACGCCGAGUAGGAAGCCGGUCAUCUCGCGGGUGGGCGAGGAGAGGCUUGGGGGCGGCGUCGUACCGCGCGCGCGGCCGGGCGCGGACGUGCCUGGAGGGGUGUACGUCGCGGCGGGGCAUGGGCCGUGGGGGAUUAGUAUGUCGUUGGGGACGGGCUUGGUGGUGUCGGAGAUGAUCCUUGGGCGGGAGACGAGCGCGGAUGUGAAGACUCUGGGGAAAUGGUAAGGCGGGGGCAACACUGUACGCCGACAUCAUUUUCGGAGAGAGGAUUGACGACUCAAGACUACGCGCACACUGUCAAUGCUAUGUUACGACGCUACGGAGGAGGCGUUAGAAGCCCGCAUGAUGGCUCGGAUGCGCCAGACUAUGUAAAAGACAUUUUGCCCGAUGAUGUAGAAAACAAUCUGUGUGUAUUAUUACUUAUGCCUUCCAUUAUACAUCGCUGGCUUCAUUGCAUCGAUUG